UACAGCGCAUGCGCAGUCGGCAUAUAGACGUUUUAACGUGGCGGAGGGCUGGGCCAAAAUCUCUACAGUGAAAAUUACGAUUUUCGAAAGAAAUACUUCAUCUAAAAAUUAUAUUUUUCGAGCGGUUCGACGUUUGAGGUCGUGAUUAAAACACAUCAUGUCUUCUUCGGGAGACUUUGGAAACCCUUUGAGGAAAUUCAAGCUAGUUUUUCUCGGAGAACAGAGUGUGGGCAAGACAUCGCUGAUCACAAGAUUUAUGUAUGACAGUUUCGAUAACACAUACCAGGCCACAAUCGGCAUAGACUUCUUGUCCAAGACCAUGUAUCUAGAGGACAGGACAGUGCGACUGCAGCUGUGGGACACGGCGGGCCAGGAGCGGUUCCGUAGUCUCAUACCCAGCUAUAUAAGAGACUCAACAGUAGCAGUGGUAGUCUAUGAUAUAACAAACGCUAAUUCAUUUCACCAGACGUCAAAGUGGAUCGACGAUGUGCGGACGGAAAGAGGGAGCGAUGUCAUUAUCAUGCUGGUCGGAAACAAAACAGAUCUGGGAGACAAGAGGCAAGUGUCAAGAGAUGAAGGGGAAAGGAAAGCCAAUGAGCUGAACGUAUUGUUUAUUGAAACCAGCGCCAAGGCAGGAUACAACGUCAAACAGCUUUUCCGUCGAGUAGCAGCGGCUCUACCCGGAAUGGAGACCACGGAACCCAAAAAUACCGGCGACAUUCCCGUCACACUAACAGCCAGAGAGCCUGACAAUGAUAUGCAACAGGAGGAAGGAGGCUGCUACUGCUAGACCGCCUCUUCCUAUUGGUCAGCGUGCUAGUGUUGAUGUCUCUCAUUGGCUGGUGCCGCAAUGUUCAACCAAUCAGCUUGUUUCUGUGUCAAGUACUGGGUAACGAUGUUCCAUUUCACUCGAGUAUGUAUGCAAAAAAAUAAUUAUCUGGUACGUUCGAAAAGUGGUAUGUGUUCCUUUAUUACAUUCUUGUGAAGAAAAAAAACAGUAAAAUUCAAAUGUGGUCCAUAUUUCAAGUGCACUUAAGGUGCAUUGUUAAUAUUUUGGGACAUGAUACAAAUUGCAGUAUUGUAAUGUCUGCUGUACUAUUCUGCUGUGGUGGUUUAUGGUAAUAAUUCAGCAUAUAUAGGCAGCAUUUUGAAUUACGGCAUAAAUGGAAUGAAAUUGAGGAAACUCUUGGACCAAACAACCAAAACAAAAAACAAAACAACAGUCUGUCUUACUGGUUGCUGGGCCAAAUAGAUUGCAAUAGUGACAUCUCAGUGCUUUUGUGAAUUAACCAGUAUUAUCAUUGGCUAGUGCCUCAAAACUUUCACCCAAUCAGCAGUUAGCUUGUAUAGCUGUAGAGUACUCCUAAGUUUCUUGGCUUUGAUUGGCUAGUCUCCAUGCCAUUGUUAUCUUUUUGCUGGUAUUUCAUUGGAGGAGCAGUCGGUUCCCUCAUUUACGCUAUGCCAAAGAUUGAGUGUGGGACAGGAGUGGAAAAUAGCAUAAAUGUGUAGUAUUUUAAAGAUUACUAGUGAAGUAUCGCAAUUUAUUGAUUUUGUUAGUAAAGCAAGAAAAGAAAAUGGGAAAAAAAUGGGAGAGAACUGCAUCAAAUUUCUUGCGUUGCAAACCAUCGUGAGGCAGUUAUACAGUAUAACUGAUUCUUAUAUGGGCUGUAAAUCAGCAAUUGGGCAUAACCAGGAGCUACAUGUAGCUUCUAUUUGGGUAUGUAUCCUAUUGUAUUUUCAAAUAGCCAAUUUUUUGGG